GAACUAUUGCAGAGCGAGAAGACACCUCAGAGAGAGGGCGCGUAUUAUAAAAACUAGACCCGACUCUUACAUAACACAUACCAGAAGCAAACAAAGAAACGUUGUUCAUGGCAUCCUUCCCGAUGCGUGUUUACGUGUAGAAGAAAGAGAUAAGAGACAGUAGAGCCUUUGCUCAAGCAACGAGAGUAGAGUGUUCUUUUUCUGUUUGUUUCUUUGGCUGUGAAUCAAUAAUGGAGGCUUUGAUGAACAGAGGGGUCUUUCGGGUUUCAAUGUGCGGUCAAGAAGAGAUCGAACAAUUGUCGAGGGACGGUAGCCAUUACAGUGUCUCUACGGGGAUUUUGCCGUCCCUUGGAGCAAGAAGCAAUCGCAGAGUCAAGCUUAGGAGAUUGAUUAUAUCGCCAUAUGACCACCGCUACAGGAUAUGGGAAACUUUUCUCGUUGUUCUGGUCAUCUAUACUGCGUGGGUAUCGCCGUUUGAAUUCGGCUUCCUUGAGAAACCACAGGGACCACUCUCCAUUACUGAUAAUGUUGUCAAUGGAUUCUUUGCUCUGGAUAUCAUUAUUACCUUUUUCGUAGCAUACCUUGACAGAACAACCUACCUACUCGUUGAUAAUCCAAAGAAGAUAGCAUGGAAAUAUGCACGUUCCUGGUUAGCCUUUGAUGUCAUAUCCACAAUCCCUUCGGAGCUUGCUCAGAAGAUUGCUCCUUCACCUUUCAGGUCAUAUGGCUUAUUCAACAUGCUUCGCCUCUGGCGUCUCCGGAGAGUUAGUGCCCUAUUUUCCAGAUUGGAAAAGGAUAGGAACUACAAUUACUUUUGGGUUCGAUGUGCAAAACUUAUUUGCGUUACCCUUUUUGCGGUUCAUUGUGCUGGAUGUUUCUAUUAUUAUCUGGCAGCGCGUUAUCAUGACCCUCAGAGGACAUGGAUUGGUGCGUCAAUGAAUAAUUUCCUUGAACAGAGCUUGUGGAUCCGCUAUGUGACGACGAUCUACUGGUCUAUCACUACUCUAACUACUGUUGGAUAUGGUGAUUUGCACCCUGUGAAUACAAGGGAGAUGACCUUUGACAUCUUUUAUAUGCUUUUCAACCUUGGAUUGACAGCAUAUUUGAUUGGAAAUAUGACAAACUUGGUUGUCCAUGGGACGAGUCGGACCAGAAAAUUUAGAGAUACCAUUCAAUCUGCCUCUAGUUUUGCCCAGAGGAACCAGCUGCCAGUUCGCUUGCAAGAUCAGAUGCUAUCACAUUUAUGUUUGAAGUUUAGAACAGACUCAGAGGGGCUCCAGCAGCAAGAGACCCUUGAUUCCCUUCCUAAAGCAAUCCGUUCAAGCAUUUCUCAUUAUCUUUUCUACUCUCUUGUGGAUAAGGUGUAUCUGUUUCAAGGGGUUUCAAACGACUUGCUUUUUCAGUUGGUAUCAGAGAUGAAAGCUGAGUAUUUUCCUCCAAAGGAAGAUGUGAUCUUGCAGAAUGAGGCACCCACAGACUUCUACAUCCUUGUCAAUGGAGCAGUGGAUCUAUUGGUCAAGAAAAAUGGAGGUGAACAGGUUGUAGGAGAGGCAAAAACUGGUGAUGUCUGUGGAGAGAUUGGAGUACUUUGUUACAGGCCACAACUAUUUACAGUGCGGACCAAAAGGUUGAGCCAGCUACUGCGAGUGAACCGUACCACAUUCUUAAAUAUUGUUCAGUCCAAUGUUGGAGAUGGGACCAUAAUCAUGAAUAACCUGCUUCAGCAUUUGAAAGACCUUAAUGACCCAUUAAUGUCCGAAGUUCUGGUGGAGACUGAGAAUAUGCUAGCUCGUGGCAGAAUGGACUUACCUCUUAGUCUAUGCUUUGCAGCUCUAAGGGGGGAUGACUUGUUGUUGCAUCAAUUGUUGAAAAGGGGUCUCGAUCCAAAUGAAUCGGACAACAAUGGCCGGACCGCUCUGCAUAUAGCAGCUUCCAAAGGGAGUGAGAAUUGUGUGCUUCUGCUACUUGAUUAUGGUGCAGAUCCUAACAGUAGAGACUCUGACGGGAAUGUGCCACUAUGGGAAGCAUUGCUGGCUGGUCAUGAAUCUGCGAUCAAGGUGCUACUAGAUAGUGGUGCAAAUUUACACCGCGGAGACCUUGGUCAAUUUGCGUGCACUGCUGCUGAACUAAACAGCUUGGCAUUGCUCAAGGAAAUAAUUCGUUAUGGAGGAGAUGUCACACUUCCUAAAAACAAUGGAACCACAGCUCUUCAUGUUGCAGUUUGUGAAGGCAACAUUGAAAUAGUCCAAUUCCUUCUACAUCAAGGCGCUGAUAUUGACAAACCAGACCCUGAGGGUUGGACCCCAAUGGAUCUAGCUGACCAACAAGGACAUGAAGACAUUAAAAUCCUUUUCCAGUCUGCUAAAGAACCCAGAACUGAAUCCAUUGUUGUGAUUCCUGAGCGGAAAAAUGGCACUCGUUUCCUUGGGCGAUUUACGAGUGAGCCAGCAAUCCGUCCAUCCCAGGAGGGCUCAUUCACAGGUACAACAGAUGGAUCGUGGAGCCAAUCGCGUCCAAGGCGCAGGACUAAUAAGUUCCACAACUCACUAUUCGGUAUAAUGUCCUCUGCCCACAAUGGGGAGAAGAACCUUCUAUUCUCUGUUAACAUGAUGAGAAAUGGUAAGGACCGUCGAGAAUCUGGAGAUAACCCUGCUAGAGUGACAAUUAGUUGUCCAGAAAAGGGUGAAGUAGCUGGAAAGCUUAUGCUACUUCCAGGGAGUUUUCAGGAGCUACUUGAGAUAGGUGCUAAGAAAUUCGGGGUCUCGCCAAGUAAAGUACUUAGCAAAGAUGGAGCUGAAAUUGAUAAUAUAGAUGUUAUAAGAGAUGGUGAUCAUCUUACUUUAGUCAGUUAUAUUAGAACUGAAGAAUCUAAUAGCUAAAACUCUCAAAUAGAUGGGUUUCUGUAGUACUUCUUGUACAUCUCUAUAGGUGGAAUUUCUUCUUCUUUUUUUUUUUUUUAAGAAACAAUGACGCACCCCA